AAGUAGGUGCCGCGCCUGGCCGCUGCCCGUGCCGGGCGCCGCUGGCCCUGAGCCAUGGAGCGCUGGGUCUACGGCUCGCUCUGGGUCCUCUUCGCGGCCAGCCUCCUCCUGCGCCUCGCCCGCUCCCAGCUGCUCCCGGCUCGGGCCCUGCUGCACCUGGGGCUGCUGGCCCUGCUGCAGUACCUGUGCCAGGCGUGCCUGCCUCUGCCAGUGGGCGCCAGCCUCGCCGCCGCCGGCUGCUUGGCCCUGGGGCACGGGGCCCAGCGGCGAAGGCUCCCGGUGGCGGGGAAAGCCGUCUUCAUCACAGGGUGUGAUUCUGGGUUUGGAAAGCAGGCCGCGCGCCACUUGGAUUCCAUGGGCUUUAAGGUGUUUGCGAGCGUGCUGGACCUGGAGAGCGCUGGCGCCAAGGAGCUCCGGCAGAGCUGCUCGCCAAGCCUCACGCUGCUGCAAAUGGACCUGACCAAACCGGACGACAUCCGGAAAGCCCAGCAGCUCGUCCAGCCCCAGACGGCGAGCACAGGGCUCUGGGGUUUGGUGAACAACGCAGGCUUCGAUGACACCAUCGCUGACGCCGAGCUCUCCCCGCUCUGCAAAUUCCGCACCUGCAUGGAUGUGAACUUCUUUGGCACGCUUGAGCUCACCAAAGCACUGCUGCCCCUGCUCCGCUCCUCCCGGGGCAGGAUUGUGACCGUCAGCAGCCCGGCAGGCGACAUGCCGUACCCGUGUCUAGCAGCGUACGGGGCCUCGAAAGCUGCCCUCACCCUCCUCAUGGACACGUUCCGAAGCGAGCUGGAGCCCUGGGGGGUCAAAGUGAGCGUGAUCCUACCCGGCUACUUCAAAACGGGUACGAGUUGCGACCCUGCCUACUGGCACGAGAAGAACGAGCAGCUCCUGGCCAGCCUGCCCACGGACUUGCUGCAGGCCUACGGGGAGGAGUACAUCCAUGAGAUCAACAAGCAGUUUGUUAAAUUCAUGAAGAUUGCGAAUGAGGAUUUGAGUUUAGUGGUGAACAGCAUCGCCGACGCCCUCAUCUCCACCACUCCAGCGCCGCGCUAUUACCCGGGGCGGGGCAUACGGCUCAUUUAUUUCAUCCACCACUACCUGCCCUCCGUCAUCAGAGACCUCUUCCUUAAAGCAUUCUUCAUCAACCAAAAACUCCCCAGGGCGCUGCAGCCAAAGCACCAGAACGGGCUCAAGCAAGAAUAACCCUUGCCGCAGGCUGCGGGGGAGCCAGGAAGGCGCCUGGAGAUGUUGUAAAGCAGUGGCGGGGUGGAGGGAGUCUUCUCACUGUAUAAUCUUAGGCACAAAACUAGGUAAAACCGAGAGCGCGCACGUGCAUGACACGGCCGCUGCGUUGUUCUUGUGUGCCGGGCAGGGCGAAUCAGCACACUCAGCAACCAAAUUGCUUUCUCUGAAUCAAAGUGAUGCAGAUCUAUUUCCUACUGUGUAAGAAUCAAAGUGCUCGAGAGACCUUGGUGGGUAUUAUUUUUCCGACUGGGUGUCGCUCAUGAAAAGGCCGCUGGCGAGACGCGGAAUCACGUAUGGGUCAGUUGCCCCACCAUGUCAUGUACCUAAGUGAUUUUUCUCAGCUAAGUGAAUUUUUCUUUGCUGCUGCUGGGAUGUAAGUGUUAAUCUCUCAGCUGUCUCUUGACUGGCUCAAGAAUGGUGGCUUUUACCUGUCAAUGGACCAAACCUGUGUCUGCCUCUCUGUGCAGCUCUUCACACUCCAGCCCAGGACCCAGCUCUCCUGGACUUCAGCUGGGACUGUGGUGGCCAAGUCUCGAGCGGACGGUCUACAGAUCUUUUCACAGGAUGAAUUAUGUGAUUGUCACUUUUUAAAUAAACCGGUUAUUUGUAUUUCA